CGGCCGCUGUGGGUGGCGGGAUAGGCUGGGCGCGGCUGGCGUGUAGGGUGCGGGCAGGCUGCUGCGGUCCGGGUCUCUGCGGUCCCCGAGGGCCCUCCGUCCCGCCGACGCCAUGGGCAACUGCCACACCGUGGGGCCCAACGAGGCGCUGGUGGUUUCAGGAGGCUGUUGUGGUUCUGACUAUAAGCAGUAUGUGUUUGGCGGCUGGGCCUGGGCCUGGUGGUGUAUCUCCGACACUCAGAGACUAUCUCUGGAGGUUAUGACCAUCCUGUGUCGCUGUGAGAAUAUUGAGACGUCGGAGGGGGUCCCGCUAUUCGUAACUGGGGUUGCACAGGUGAAGAUCAUGACGGAGAAGGAGCUCCUCGCUGUGGCCUGCGAGCAGUUCCUGGGCAAGAACGUGCAGGACAUCAAGAAUGUCGUGCUCCAGACCCUGGAGGGUCACCUGCGUUCCAUCCUCGGAACCCUAACUGUGGAGCAGAUCUAUCAGGACCGGGACCAGUUUGCCAAACUGGUGCGGGAGGUGGCAGCCCCUGAUGUGGGACGCAUGGGCAUCGAGAUCCUCAGCUUCACCAUUAAGGAUGUCUAUGACAAAGUGGACUAUCUGAGCUCCCUGGGCAAGACACAGACUGCUGUGGUGCAGAGAGAUGCUGACAUUGGCGUGGCUGAGGCCGAGCGGGACGCUGGCAUCCGGGAAGCCGAGUGCAAAAAGGAGAUGCUGGAUGUGAAGUUCAUGGCAGACACCAAGAUCGCUGACUCCAAGCGAGCCUUCGAGCUGCAGAAGUCAGCCUUCAGCGAGGAGGUCAACAUCAAGACAGCCGAGGCCCAGCUGGCCUAUGAACUGCAAGGAGCCCGUGAACAACAGAAGAUCAGGCAGGAAGAGAUUGAGAUCGAGGUUGUACAGCGCAAGAAGCAGAUUGCAGUGGAGGCACAGGAGAUCCUGCGCACAGACAAGGAGCUGAUCGCCACGGUGCGCCGCCCCGCCGAGGCUGAGGCCCACCGCAUACAGCAGAUCGCGGAGGGGGAAAAGGUGAAGCAGGUCCUCUUGGCACAAGCAGAGGCUGAGAAGAUCCGCAAAAUUGGAGAGGCGGAGGCGGCAGUCAUCGAGGCGAUGGGCAAGGCAGAGGCUGAGCGGAUGAAGCUCAAGGCUGAGGCCUACCAGAAGUACGGGGACUCGGCCAAGAUGGCCUUGGUGCUGGAGGCCCUGCCGCAGAUUGCUGCCAAAAUUGCCGCCCCGCUCACCAAAGUCGAUGAGAUUGUGGUCCUCAGUGGGGACAACAGCAAGGUGACGUCGGAAGUGAACCGGCUGCUGGCAGAGCUGCCUGCUUCUGUGCACGCCCUCACGGGCGUGGACCUGUCUAAGAUACCCCUGAUCAAGAAGGCCGCCGGGGCACAGGUGUGAGACUCCGGAAGGCCCAUGCACUUCAGCAGCCGCCUGCCCCUCCAGCACCCUUCAGCACCUGUUUUAAUACCACAGGGACAAUGGGAACGUUACUGACUCUGGUGCCUUAUUUUGUAGGGACCAGAAGUGCUGCCUGUUCAGGCCAUCUCUGGCUGUCUUCCCUUCGCUCCCAUCUCUGUCUCCCGCCUCUCCUCUGCCCCACACCCUCACUGUCACUGCCAUGUCCACCUGGUUUGUCUCUUCACCCUCAUCUGCCUGUGUGUUUCUUCCCUUUUUGGUGUCUCUUUCAUCCUCCUCCCACCCUGUAUAUACAUCGUGUAGUAUAAGCUCUGAAGAUGUUUAUUAUAAUCACUGUCUGCGGGGGGUGGCCCUGCUACUUCUCAGAAUCCUGGUGCCUUGAAGUUCUCUGUGCAUCUAUCUGUCUGUCCUCCCUGUGGCCCUGGCCAGAGGUCAGCAUGGGUGCAAGGGGUCAGGGUAAGAUGGCCACCCUCCCCUCUCCUGGCCUGGUCUUCCCAACCCAAAACCCUGCCCCAGGAAGCCCCAGGCCUCAGGCCCCAGCCCCUCUAGGCUUUGGUAGCUGUGGCCUCCAGGCCCAGGGCUCUGGCCCUUCACUACACCCCUGCCCAGCCCCAGGUCUGCUCUCAUACCUGACCUCUCCCUCCCCCACCUGGGGCACAAAGGCAAGGCCUCCUGUCUGUAGCAGCUCCCUCAAUUUACUACUGCCUUAGGAGGCUCCUCUGUGUGCUCAGGGAAGUCCCCUUCAUGCUAGGUGGAGUGGGGCUUGGUCCCAACUCCGCUAAGCCUUUCUGGGGUCAGGGUCUAGCCCUGUUGUGGACUACAAAGCGUGUAGACCUCUUCCUGGGUAUUGGGCCCUUCUACGGGCAAAGCUGUGCUGACCCAGUACAGAAUCUAGUGCUAUAGACUGGCCAGACUCCUGUGCCAUCUUUCUUCUGGCCAGAGUGGUGGGGUUCUAGCCAUGGGAGGCAGCCCAGUCCUCUGUCUCCUUGUUACAGUGGAGGCAGGAGCACCCAGGGCCCACACAUCCUGGCGAGGACGCUAUGGUGUCCCACAGUCCCAGUCCCCUACCCCUGGCCUUGCCCCAGCCUGUGUAGCUGUUCCUGCAUGUGGAUGCUGCAUGUCUGGUCUGGGGCUUGGAUGCUGCACUGCCCCGCUGCCUGACCCUUCUGGUAAAAUAAAGAUCUGUUAUGCCACCCA